AUGCAUCACUUUAUGAUUUCUGAAGGUUUCAUGCAUUGGACUCAUCCCCCUACCAACCAAGUCUUGACUGUGAAUCUGGAGACUGAAACUUUUAUAGAGACCCCUGGCCCUAUCCCUGUAGCUGGAACUGGGAAUGUAAACAAUAUUUACCUGUCGACUGGAAGGUAUCUGUCGUUAUUGCGUCGUUCUGGGGAUUAUUCGUGGGAGAUUUGGGAGAUUAGUCGACCCGAAAGGGGGGAAUGGAGAAAGAAGGCAGAUUUUUCACUGGAGGCUCACAAGGGAAGAUUCAAACAAUUAGGUCUCCGACAUGAUGAUAAGUUUUUAAUCCCAGUUGGGUGGGUCAAGUAUCCAGAGUUGUUGGCCCUGAAAUCUGAUGACGAGAAGCACCGUGCUGUUAUUUUUUUAUACAAUCUUGUUACACAAGAAUUCGAUAAAAUCGAGUUACCUUUCUACUUUCCAAUGUGCAAUAUUAUGGUGCAUAAGAGUAGUUUGGAGUGGUUGGAUGCUGCAGUGUAA